CCUCCUCCCCGGACUCCGAGCUGUUACCUAGUUACCGGCAAGAGACUGCUACAAUGUUGCGGCGGUGACUCUCGGUGCAUCAGUCGGUCCGCGAGCAGACAGAAGAAAAGACUCACCGACGAACCACCGACUGGAGGACCGGAGCACCGGGCUGCUCACCGGAGAUGAAACACGCGCCGACCGGGAAUUAAACCGCCGACUGCGGCCGGUUCGUCAGUAAAUUCGCCCCCCAGAAGAAAAAUCACCGGCCGAGAGAGAGAGAGAGAGAGAGAGAGAGCAGUUUCUGGAGAUCGACUCGUCAUAAAGAGCAGAUGGGCGGCAGCUGAGCCGAACAGAAGGACGAAGGAGCGGCGUCUCCCUCGCUUCCCACGCCGAGGAUGACGGACGAUGCUUGGGACGGCGGGAGCUCCGCCGGCCCGUUCCCCUUCGCCUUCAACGACAGCGACGCCGACGCCAACGCCACGCUCUUCAACGCCACGCUCUUCAACGCCACGGCGGACCCGUCGGGCGCCUCCGUGGGGGGCCCCAGCGUGGCGGGCGUCCUCAUCCCGCUCAUCUACAUCGUCGUCUGCGCCGUCGGCCUCGGCGGCAACACGCUGGUCAUCCACAUCGUGCUGCGCUACUCCAAGAUGGAGUCGGUGACCAACAUCUACAUCCUGAACCUGGCGGUGGCCGACGAGCUCUUCAUGCUCGGCCUGCCCUUCCUGGCGGUGCAGAACACGCUCCAGACGUGGCCGUUCGGCUCCUUCAUGUGCCGCCUGGUGAUGACGGUGGACUCCAUCAACCAGUUCACCAGCAUCUUCUGCCUGACCGUGAUGAGCGUGGACCGCUACCUCGCCGUGGUGCACCCCAUCCGCUCGUCCAGGUGGCGGCGGCCCUGGGCGGCCAAGCUGGUGAACGGCACGGUGUGGGCGCUGUCCUUCCUGGUGGUGCUGCCCGUGGUCAUCUUCGCCAACAUCCAGAAGGCCGGCGGCACGUGCAACAUCACCUGGCCGCAGCCGGCGAACGUGUGGCGGGCGGCGUUCAUCAUCUACACCUCCACGGUGGGGUUCUUCUGCCCGCUGCUCAUCAUCUGCCUCUGCUACCUGCUCAUCGUCUUCAAGAUCCGCAGCUCGGCGAAGAAAGUCCACGCCGCCUCCACCAAGCGGCGGAAGUCGGAGCGGAAGGUGACGCGCAUGGUGGUGAUCGUGGUGGCCGUGUUCGUCUUCUGCUGGCUGCCCUUCUACGCCCUGAACAUCAUCAACCUGCUGGUGGCGCUGCCCUCCGAGUACCAGGGCCUCUACUACUUCGUGGUGGUGCUCGGCUACGCCAACAGCUGCGCCAACCCCAUCGUCUACUGCUUCCUGUCGGACAACUUCAAGCGGGGCUUCCGGAAGGCCCUGUGCCGCUCCACCCGGAAGGUGGAGAACCACGAGCCCAUGGAGCGCCAGCGGCAGCAGGUGCAGCAGAAGGAGGAGGGGGACGGGGGCGGCGGGGGCGGGGGCGGCGGGGGCAGGUCGGCGCUGCUGCCCAGGGAGAGCCUGAGGCGGGUAAUCGGGCACCAAGAGGAGGACGAAGAGGAGGAGGAUGAAGAGGAGGAGGAGGAAGGUGUCUCGGAGAUGACCGAGAUCUACCGGAUCGCCCAAAACGGCAACGGCGGCUUCCGGCCGCCGGGAACGCCGGAGCCAUCGGUUCCGGACGGGAAGGACAAGGAUGAGGAGCCGAGUGGGAAGGCCGGCAACGCCCCCAACGCCGCCGACGCCACCGGGUCCGCGCCGCCAACGCUUCUCAACACCGCCAAAAACGGGAGCGUUAAAUCUCUGCCGGAGGAACCGGCCGACCGGAGCCCCUCGCUGGAGAUCAGUUACCUGUAGAAGCGGACGCGACUCGGAGGGAACCCGGCGGGUGCCAAAAGACGAACGGACUUCACACUUGCUUUUUUUUGGGCUGGAGCGGGGGGCGGGGUCAAAGUUUCGAGAACAAUUGAAAGGCCGCGCGUUCCCGUUUAUGUCGUGGACAUAAAUGUACAAAGCCGUGUUUUUUAAAUUUGCGUACACCCCGUUAUCACGGGUUCCGGUGCGUCGUCGUACUUUUUUCGCCUCUUUUACUUUCAAUCAAGUUGCUCAAAUUCUUUAUUUCCACGAACUUAAUCCGACAUUCGCUGCGUCUGAAUGUUUUACGGGAGGAGUCGUUGCUUUUUUAAACUAAUAAUACUAAUUUUCUUGCAUUACUUAGUCGCAUUUCGUUUGCUUAAAGGGGCUCGAUGUGCAACGACAACAGCGCCGACGGAGUUAACCGUGUUUUGGCUUUUUAAACUACGAAUUUAAUGUACGGUUUAUUUAUGAUUUUGGGGUCAAAUGAGUGUUUUCUUUCCUUCGUCCUGUAUUUUCAAUCAUAUUUAAUGUAUUGAAAAUUCAAAGUAGCUUCAAAAUCCUCUAAAAUGGAAGUUGACGAAAUGUUUUCUCAUUCUGUUACAUAUCAUCAUUUAAGAGGCUGGGUUGCAUGUCGCAGUUCUCGCAUAUUUAAUCGCUGUAUCAAUUAGCCGUUAUGGUUUGUACCGUCCAGUGCAACAAAGAUUAAAACAAAAGAGAGAUUAUUUUCUUCGUUUCAUCCUGUACGAUUACGAAAAUGUUCAAAUUAAAAACUGUUCAUAAUUUAC